AUGGAUCUCAAAUUGCACCAUCAUACGCGCCGGCAAUUGAAAAUAACUUUACGCCUUUACUUGAAGUUACUACUGGAAAAAGAACAAAAUUUUAUUCAGGAAUCAUUUGUCAAUGAUGAAAUAUUUGAUGAUUUAAAGGCGAACAAUAUUUAUUUGGAAAUCUUAAAUGAGCAAAUAUCGAUUACAUUUGAUAUCCAAAAUCUAAAACCAACUGAAGACUUAUGCUUAGAAAUACAAAAUGCCUUAAAAUCGAACAUACCAAUUCAGAAUUUAAAGCUUGUGUUUCAGAAAUUUGGUCAUUAUAUUCAUAAAAAAUUAAUACUUGGAAAUAAAUUGCAAAGAAUUGUUCUGAAAGAAAAUACUGAACACGUAUAUUAUUUAGAAGAAUUUAAUGAUUUUUCAAAAAUAGAAGAAUGGAAGCAACUGGUUCAACCAUUUGAUUCCUCUUAUAUGAUUACAAUGAAUGGUCAUCCGAUAGAACUAAGCUCCGGAUAUCAGCGAAUUGAAUACGAAAGUCAACUGAAAAGUGAUAAUUACCAAUUAUUUGGUAAUGUUUUGACUUGUGAAGGAAAAAGGAUAACAGAUGUAUAUGUGAAAUUUAGUAUGAAAACCAAAUUUGGAUUCUCAGUGAACUGGCAUGAUCGUCGACAAGGUUAUAUUCAAGCAAAUGAUGACAGAAGACCUUAUAUGCUUCAGUGGAUCUUAAUCGGUUGCCCAUGUGAAAUCGGAUAUUUUGAUUCAAAUACUCGUGAUAUACCAGUUAACGUUGGAGUUAAAGAAAUAAAGCUUACACACUAUACUGAAACGCAUUAUACUGAAACCGUUAAAAUCGAUGUAGGAAAUCCACUUCUUCAAAAAAACAUUGUCGCAUUCGAUUUCGAAUAUGCUUUGUUAUCAUCUUUCUUGUUCUUCGAAACAAACAUUUUAAAAUGGGAUAUAAGUGGGUCCAUUGAGGUGCAGAUAGAAUUAAUUAAGGAAGAGUAUGAUAAAAUAAUAGAUGAGAGAGAUGACUUCACCGUUGUUAUUCGAUGGUGUGUAUUGGAGUAG